CGCUCUCUGGUUGCUGGUGUUUGUGAUUUUUAGCUGGCUAAUGCUGGUGCAAGAGAGUCAGGAAAGCUGACGGGUAUCACGCCUUCGACGCUGAUGCUGCAGCAGGGUUGGAUAAGCAUAGGAGAGACCGUCAUGCCGGGCCCUGAGGAGCAGGAAGGCGGGUGCGAGGCCCGUUCCCAGCCCCUGUAACCCCCGCCUGCCCCGCAGAAAUGCGCUGGGGAUAAACCCGUUUCCUCGGGAGUAUCUCUUUAAUCUGCCCCAGGCAGCUGACUUGAUUGAGUUCCAGGCGUCGAGCAGGGGGGAAAGGGGGGGCGGCGGACAAGGGAGCUCUCUGUGGGCCUGGGAGGUGUGGCGUGGGGACGGGGGCGGGAGCGAGAGGCGGGAAAGGCCGGCCUAGAGGCGCUCUGGCCCCAGUUCCCCCGCCGCAGGGCCUCAGCGCCGCGCAGACAUGUCUGCCGGGGAGGCUGACGCCGACCACCCCCGCUUCUUCGUCGGGUGUGACGACGGCGAGGGCGACGAGCUGCUGGACCCCGGCAGGAUCAUGGGGUACGACUGCCUGUACGAGAACGUGGAGGAGGAGGAUGAGGGUGACGACGACGAAGAGUACGACUCUCCCCCAGAGAGGCAGAUAGUGGUGGGAAUCUGCGCCAUGUCCAAGAAGUCAAAAUCCAAGCCCAUGAAGGAGAUCCUGGAGCGCCUGUGCCUGUUCAAAUACAUCACCGUGGUGAUGUUUGAGGAGGAUGUGAUCCUGAACGAGCCGGUGGAAAACUGGCCCCUCUGUGACUGCCUCAUUUCUUUCCACUCCAAAGGAUUUCCUUUGGAUAAAGCCGUGGCCUACGAGAAACUUAGGAACCCGUUUGUCAUCAAUGAUCUGGACCUCCAGUACUGUAUCCAGGACAGGAGAGAGGUGUAUCGAAUUUUGAAGGCAGAAGGAAUCCAACUUCCGCGAUACGCAGUUCUGAACCGAGACCCUGCACGACCUGAAGAAUGUAACCUGGUGGAAGGCGAGGACCAUGUGGAGGUAAAUGGAGAGGUGUUCCAGAAGCCGUUUGUGGAGAAACCCGUGAGUGCAGAGGACCACAACGUCUACAUAUACUACCCCACGUCUGCCGGGGGCGGCAGCCAGAGGCUCUUCCGCAAGAUUGGAAGCAGGAGCAGCGUGUACUCUCCGGAGAGCAGCGUGCGCAAAACGGGCUCCUACAUUUACGAAGAGUUCAUGCCGACCGAUGGAACAGACGUAAAGGUGUACACUGUGGGGCCGGACUACGCCCACGCAGAGGCUCGCAAGUCUCCCGCCCUGGAUGGCAAGGUGGAGAGAGACAGCGAGGGGAAAGAAGUUCGAUACCCAGUCAUCCUUAACGCACGAGAGAAACUCAUUGCCUGGAAAGUGUGUCUAGCCUUUAAGCAAACCGUCUGUGGAUUUGACUUGCUCCGAGCAAAUGGCCAGUCAUACGUCUGUGACGUCAAUGGGUUCAGCUUUGUGAAGAAUUCCAUGAAGUACUACGACGACUGUGCAAAAAUCCUAGGAAACAUCAUCAUGAGAGAGCUCGCCCCUCAGUUUCAGAUCCCAUGGUCCAUACCCAUCCCAGCUGAGGAUAUUCCCAUUGUCCCCACAACAUCUGGAACCAUGAUGGAGCUGCGCUGUGUCAUUGCUGUGAUUCGACACGGCGACCGAACUCCCAAGCAGAAGAUGAAGAUGGAAGUUCGCCAUCAGAGGUUUUUUGAUCUGUUUGAAAAAUGUGACGGGUACAAAAGUCGGAAGCUAAAACUGAAAAAGCCAAAGCAAUUGCAGGAGGUGCUAGACAUUGCAAGACAACUUCUUGCAGAACUUGGACAGAACAACGAUUCAGAAAUUGAAGAAAGCAAAGCAAAACUUGAACAACUGAAAACAGUUCUUGAAAUGUAUGGACAUUUUUCUGGCAUAAACCGUAAGGUUCAGUUAACAUACCUGCCACAUGGCUGCCCAAAAACAUCGAGUGAAGAAGAAGAUGUGCGCCGAGACGACCCGUCCCUGCUGCUGGUGCUGAAGUGGGGUGGAGAGCUCACCCCUGCCGGCAGGGUGCAGGCGGAAGAGCUGGGCAGAGCCUUCCGGUGCAUGUACCCCGGGGGACAAGGAGACUAUGCAGGCUUCCCCGGCUGUGGCCUGCUCCGCCUGCACAGCACCUACCGGCACGACCUGAAGAUCUACGCUUCUGACGAGGGGAGGGUCCAGAUGACGGCCGCCGCCUUCGCUAAGGGCCUGCUGGCUCUGGAGGGCGAGCUGACGCCCAUCCUGGUGCAGAUGGUGAAGAGCGCCAACAUGAACGGGCUGCUGGACAGCGACAGCGACUCUCUCAGCAGCUGCCAGCAGCGGGUCAAGGCCCGCCUCCACGAGAUCCUGCAGAGGGACCGCGAUUUCACCGCCGAGGACUACGAGAAGCUUGCGCCGACGACCAGCACGUCCCUGGUGAAGUCAAUGCAAAUGAUUAAGAACCCGGUGAAGACCUGCGAUAAGGUGUACUCGCUCAUCCAGAACCUCACCUUGCAGAUCCGACAGAGGAUGGAGGACCCCAAGUCAGCCGACAUACAGCUGUACCACAGCGAGACGCUGGAGCUAAUGCUGCGAAGGUGGGCCAAACUGGAGAAGGACUUCAAAAUGAAGAACGGAAGAUACAACAUCAGCAAAAUCCCAGACAUUUACGACUGCAUCAAAUACGAUGUGCAGCACAACAGCUCCCUUAAGCUGGACAACACCAUGGAGAUCUACCGACUCUCCAAAGCACUGGCCGACAUUGUCAUUCCUCAGGAAUAUGGUAUAUCCCAGGCUGAGAAACUUGACAUUGCCAAAGGCUACUGUACCCCGCUGAUCCGGAAGAUUCGGUCGGAUCUCCAGAGGACACAGGACGAUGACACUGUUAACAAACUUCAUCCAGUGUAUUCCAGAGGAGUUAUGUCACCUGAGCGUCAUGUUCGGACCAGACUGUACUUCACCAGUGAAAGUCAUGUUCACUCUCUGCUUUCCAUUCUACGCUACGGGGCCCUCUGUGACGAGACCAAAGACGACCAGUGGAAGAGGGCCAUGGACUACCUCAAGGUUGUCAGUGAGCUGAACUACAUGACCCAGAUAGUCAUCAUGCUGUACGAGGACCCAAACAAGGAUCCUACGUCAGAGGAGCGCUUUCACGUGGAGCUGCAUUUCAGCCCAGGAGCCAAAGGCUGUGAGGAUGACAAGAAUCUGCCAUCAGGAUUCGGGUACAGGCCAGCGUCUCGGGAGAAUGAAGGGUCAAAGAAGAAAUCCCAGAACGACAGCGACGAGGAGUCCGCUAAGCGUGACGAGCCGGACCGGGCCCUCAUGAUGUUCAGACCUCUGGUCUCCGAUCCCAUAUACAUCCACAGGAAGUCCCCUCUGCCACGCUCCAAAAAAAUUGGCUCAGUUGAAUCCCCAUUGCAGACAGACUUUAACAAGACCCCUGCUGGCAAAGAAGAGAGCCCCCUGAGUGUGUCUAGCCCUGACUCAAUUGGUACCUGGAUUCAUUACACCUGUGGUGUUGGUACUGGGCGUCGAAGACGCAGAUCAGGGGACCAAAUAACUUCCUCCCCUGUCUCCCCCAAAUCACUGGCUUUCACAUCCAGUAUUUUUGGCUCAUGGCAACAGGUGUUGUCGGAGAACAAUAGCCACGCCCGAGCGGGUAGACUUCACUCAGAGCACAAGCUCAACACUGGAAUAGGGUCUCAUUGUGCUGGGCUGUUCAGCACCAUGGUGCUCGGGGCCUCCUCCAGUGCACCUAACCUACAAGAUUAUGCUCGCGCACACCGUAAAAAGCUGACUUCCUCUGGCUUCUUAGAUGAGGCCACGCGUGGUUCUGCUGUAAAAAGAUUUUCUAUCUCAUUUGCUCGACACCCAACCAAUGUGUUUCCCAGUAUGUUCUGUGGUUUCGAGCUGUACUCCAUGGUACCCUCAAUUUGCCCCCUUGAGACCCUGCACAACUCGCUCUCUCUGAAGCAAGUAGACGACUUUCUGGCUUCCAUCGCCAUGUCCCACGAGUCUCUCUUUGAAACUCCCACUUCCUCCCCAGCCUCAACAGUUCACGGAUACGGCUCUGUUCCAAUGAAAAAACCCCCUUUGAACACAUACACUCCAGCAAAGGUCCUGCCCUGCCCUUUCACUUCAGGCAAGAAGACGCUAGAAAGAGCCGUGACCGUGAGUGGUGGAUCGCCCAGUAGAACAGCCAGGGUCGGUGUAGCUGACCUUGUACCCCUCUGCCCUGUGGAUGACAAGACUAAGCAUCAGCCAUCACCCAAACGGUCCCUGGGUGACAAGCCCACCCUGGAACCCACCAGUGAGGAGUCUGAACCCCCACAGCCCCCAUCUAGCUCAUCCCUUGACACCCCUAGUGACAAAGAAACCCUGCAAGGCUCACCUCGUGAGACCCCUGGAGAGAAGCUACCCCAGCAUUGCCCAUCUCGUGACACCCUGAGUGAGAAAUUGCACUUGCCAGCUCAGUCACACGACGCCGUCGGGGAGAAAGCAUUCCUUUCUGCCCCAUCCCAUGACACACCCGCUGAGAUGGCACCCCAGCCUUCUACUCCCCACAAGACCUCUGAAGAAAAAGAGUCACCACACAACACAGUGCUCCUGAAACACUCUCCUCCCGGUCCCCAUGGAGACAAAGCGCCACAUCACCUGACCAGCAAGCAGAAGGACCUGAAGGACCCAAAGUAAACAAACAGCGUUAUAGGGCUUAAGGCACUGUGUGUGAGAAUGUUACAAAUACAGGGCUGUGUAAAAAUCACAGUUGUACCUGUCUUUUUUGUUUCUUCUUCUUCAGAAAAGUGAAUCUUAUUUAGUCUUUUGUGUAGGUGUGGUUACAAAAAAAAGCCUUUUAUGUGUAAUCUGGCUGAGCUCAGACAUGGAAUUCUCAGGAUUUUUAAUGAUAGUGAGGUAUGCCACACCCUGUUUGGCAUAUAGCUUUAUGGGAGCAAAGGCUCCGAUAGACAAUACAAGAUGAGACAAAGUUGUUUUUUUUUUUUUGUGAUUGUCUCAACUGUGAUUGGUUUUUACUGAAUGUGCUUGACUGUUGGCAUUCACAUGACAUAUUUAUAGGCUUUCACAACAAUAAAAGCUGUAUAUAAUACUGUAUUUUGUUUCACACAUUGAACUGAACAUCUUGCACAUCUGAAAUUGCUGCAUUGACUGUAUGAAAAUGUAAACUGUGUACAAUGGUACCUGUAACUGUUCCAUUAUAUCACUGGGUGCUUUUCUCUGCAUAAAUCUUGUGAAAUAUUCCAUAAGAUGGAGAGUUAUACAGUAACUCCGUAAGUGUAAGUUUUCAGUAAAGUAUCUGUUGAUUGUAUGAAAAACCGUGAGGCACCAAAGAUGAUGCGUUUUAAGUGUAGUGGUGUCAGUAGUCGGUCAAAUGUCUGCUGCUCUCUCUUGUUUAUGAAUGAGAAUUCCAUGGCUAAGCGGGGUUAAAAAGCUCAUUACAAGUCUUUUCACACUCAAGGUAAAGGUCAAAAUGCCAGUUUUGAAAGACAAAACAGUUGAAAAUAUGGAUAUAAGACGGUACAGUAUAUAGCUUUCCACCAGUGUUCUCUAUCAUAAUUUAAAGUUCUCAGUUUCAGCCCAUUUAACUGGAAUUGAGGGUUUUGAAAGGUCUUUGAUUUUACUGUACGAGUACUUUUGGUGGUCACUGAUGUGCUUUUUUGUUUUGUUUUCCAUAAUAAUCAAAGAUGAUUGUUGUACAUACUUAGUAUAAACUACACUGGAACUCCUGGCUUGUAAAUAUUUAAAACGUACAAAAUUGAGUGUAU